AUGGACAUUUCGUUAAACCUAGGAAAGACUUCUUUUGGUGAUACUUUUGCGGUUAGAGUCAAUGAUACUAAUCAAAUAAGGAUUUCAGAGCUUAAAUUCCUUAUAUGGAAUGAGAAAAAAGAAAUUGAAGAAUACCAACUUAGUGUUAAUAACAUUGUAGAUAUUGAAGAUAAGCUUGGUGACGUGAAGUUGAGCCUUGACCGCAUGCUUGAGAAUUAUUUUUCAGUUAUUCCUAUAACGACUAGCAUUCACAUCAUCGUACUUGUACCUACCGCUGCUGAUCGCGAUUUGAACCUCGAAGAAGUUAUUAAGAAUAUUACAAAAGGUCUGGGAAAGCGUGAUCCUAAAUUGUCUGAUAAAUUAGACAUGCGUGACUUCAAAAGUGCAGUGGAAAGGAUUCAUGAAUCAGUAUAUGGCAAAUCUCUUUUUGAUUACGUUAUACCAGAAUUGAAUCAGUUUGGCCGAGAUCUUUUUGAUAAAUCCGAUGAUAAAAGUUUGAAAACUUUUCGAGAAAUUGAUUCCUGGGAUAAAUUGGAUAUAUCAAACAACUCUUCCAUAAUACGACCUACUAUAAUUCGAAAGAGCCCUGGUAUAUCUCAUUUGGUUGAUACAGAAAGUUGUGGGUAUACAAUCAUGUGA